CUCUAUGAUGCGCGGCGGGGGCCGCAGCAGCCGCAGAAGCGCCGAGGAGGCCCAGCAGCUGCGCAGCCAGUCUGUGCUGAGUGGUUUCUGGAGCCGAGUCUUUCUCAUCGCCCAAUCCAGGGAAGCCUUUGUUGUAGAGCAUUGCCUUCAAACAGAAUAUCGGCAAAUAGCCGGAGCCUGCAAAGAUGAAGCGAAGGAAAGCUAAGGCUCAAAAUGAACUAGGCCUUGCGACGAAAAGUCAAAAAUAACAAACAAAAAAAGCUUAUUUCAACAUGUAAAAAAGAAGAAAAGUGGCAAGAAGUUGGGAUUUGGGGCGCCCCCAUGGCGCUGAAGGCAGAGACCCCCUUGACGGACUACAGCGAGGUCUCUUCGGCCAUCUCACGCUUCAGGGAGAAGGAGAAGAUGGCCACUGAUUAUCGUCUCCUCCGCCGCCCCUCGGGGAAGCCGGGUGGAGCCCUUGUAAACCCCGUGGACAAAGGACAAUACCCAUUUUCAGAGUCUGCCGGCCAGGAUGAGCUCAGCGUCUCCUGGAAGCAGGAAUACUUGGUAGCAGACGAUCCAGACAAUGGCCGACUGGUGUGCAUGGUGUGUGGGGGCAUCUUAGCCACCUCCGGCCCCGCGGCGGCCCGUCAGCACAUCCUGCAGCAACACGCCCACUCGCUGGACUUCACCCUGGAGGAGAAACGCAACAUCCUGGAAGGCUGGAGCGAAGGGGUUGUGCUGCCCGCCCUAGAUUCGCCACCCGCAGGCGGUCCCGGCGAGAACAAGCAGCCUGCCGAGAUCGAAGUCCUCCUUGAUACGGAGGAACAGCCCGUGAGACGGAAGCGCGGGCCCGUCCAAGCACGCCGCGCAGAGGGGUUGCGCUUGGAAGCCGAGCGGCGACUUUCGGUUCGACAGAGGCCGCCCGCCAAGGAAUCGAGGGGCCAGGAGCCCAUGGAGGCCGCAGGAAAGGAGUGGCUGUCAGAAUGCGGACUUCCCGGUUCAGCUCCAGCUGAAAUCCGGAUUUUCACCGAUGGCUCCUUUCCGGCUGGAUUCACCCUAAAGCUCUACUGCCGUUCUCAGCCAGAACCAUCACCAGGGACCGGAGCAAAGGCUAACACAAGGAAGAAAACAGUGGAUCGCGACUGCUCCGUCUCCCUGCUGCGGCUUCACUCCAGGGACACCGGAAGUCACCUCCACCCAAGCCAGGACACCCUCUCCCCCCGUUGCCCGCUGGGCAGCUCCACCGACAGCCGCCCCAAAGACUGUGGGACAGUUCGGGGAGCGGCCAAACGGGGUGCCCCUGCUGGCAAGGAGGCCUCCACCGCCCUCGGGAAAGGCUUCAACCCCUCGUGGCGCGCUCGGUUCCUGGUGGACUUCGACGCCUCCACCGGUCACUUGGUGUGCAUGGUUUGUGAGUACCCGUUGCGGCGCAUCUGCCUUGCCACCGUCAAGCAACACAUCCUCCAGUGCCACGCCGAGACGCUGCAGAUGCCCCGCGAAGUCCGGCGUACCAUCCGCGAAGUCUGGGAGAACCGGUGCCAGCCCUCGGCCCAGGCCCCGAGGAAGUGACGGGCUCUCCAUCCUACCGGGCUGCCACGAGAAAGGGUUUUAAAGAGACCAAAUUCUGUGGACCACCAGGCAGGCGUCUAGGGGCGGGGCUUGAGGGAAGGAGGCUCCACCCCCUCCUUGGAAGCCACACCCUCAACGCUAUCGCUCCCCAUCUCCCUUGCUGGAGAACCGAACAGAUUCUGAGCUAACUCCGCCGACAUUUUGCAACUCUUUAAUUCUGCUUUUUAUAUUUUCAAGUUUUUCCGCAGAAGCGACUCUUGAUUUCUCUCAGGCCCCAGCCUUCUUUUUUUUCUUUUUCUUUCUUUCUUUCUUUCUUUUCUCACCAGCAAAAUUCCACACCGCAACGGAGAACGGAGUGGCCGCUAAAUCAGCGAGUCGAGACGGGAGGCUUUUUACCACUGGCUUCCCUUUAUUUCAGGGUCGGUUUAUGAAAAAAGAAACAACAAAAAAAAAGAAACUCAGGGGGAAAACUUUUUUUUUGAGUUGCAGUUGGACCCUUCGCCGUUUUUCAUUAUUAUUUUUGUACGUUUUUGUUUUUUUUACGUCUGUCCCCACAAAAGCUGCAGCAAGAAAUAAGUAAAGACAUAAUACGGUAUAUAUACUCAUUGCUGGGACUGCCUUUUUUUGCAGCCGGGAAGAUCAAUUUUUUUCAUCGCCAACGCUGUGUUUCUCUGCAAUUAAAGGGAAACACACACACACACCCUCCCUCCCAUGACUUUGGCUUCCUGAUUUAACCGGAAGGAUUUACAAAUAAUCAGCCGGGGCCUUUAUAAACAAGAUUCCUAAACCACAGGGAGCAGUAAAAAAUUAUAUUUUAUGUUCUA